AAAUAAAACAUAAAUAAGUUGUGGUCUAUGUCGGCCAUGCUGAACCGCUUUGCUUGAAUGUACGUGCCGGCGGUAAGUUGGCGACGGCAAGCUAGAAUCAAGUUCGCCCAUAGUAAGCGAUGACUGCAAUCAGCACUAUGCCUAUGGAACAAAUUGCGAUUGUUUUGGUUGUUGCAUUUAUAGCAGCUGUAAACAGUAGACCACCUAAAGAUAUUGUCGCAAGAGAUGUGGUUCUCAUGGAUAUGGAAGAUCCAGCAAAAGAUCUAGGAGAACGGCCAGUUUUGUCAGUUGACAAAAUUGUCCCACCAGACCAUCUCGAUGCCGUUCGCUUAGAGCAAGACGGUCAUAUCAACAAAGACUUUCAUAAAGAGGCCUUUCUGGGCAAUCACGAGGAAAUUGAUGACGAUCCCGCUCCUGUUGCUGAAUCAAAGCUACAUGAUAUUUUUAAAAAAGUUGAUACUAAUGGAGAUGGCCAUAUGGAUGUGAAUGAAAUGCACAAGUGGAUUUUAAUGAAAAUCAAUGAACAUUUUAAUGAAUCCGUGAUGGAGAAUGCCCACAUAUUCAGUCACAUGGAUCCACAGAAGAAAGGGUACAUUGAAUGGAAGGAAUACUACAGGCACUUCCUGCUGGCCAAAGGGUAUGAAAAUUCUAAGGCCGCUAAACAUGUAGAGGACUAUGACACCAUUGACAUGAAGGAUGAUGAGAGGGAAUCACUGGUGAGGUACAAGUUCCGAUGGACGGACGCAGACCAGGAUAACAACAACAAACUUACUGAGGAGGAGUUUCUGGCUUUCCGUCACCCGGAACAGAGCAAGAUCACAUUGAAUAACAUGCUAGAAACCAUCCUUAAUGGCCUCGAUGUAGACAAGGAUGAUAUGCUGACUGAGGAAGAGUUCUGUGCCCUGCCCCCAGGGGAAAUCGUCGGGGAGGAGCAGAAAGAGAUGGACCGUAAAUGGCAGGAAGAGAGGCGUGAGGAGUUCAAGAAUUCUAUCGAUAAAAAUGGAGAUAAAAAGGCAGAUAAAAAUGAGCUUUUGGUGUACGUUGACCCCAGGAAUCCCGACCAGGCUAGGUCUGAAACCCAGAACCUGAUAAACAUGAUGGACGAGAACAAGGACGGGCUUAUCUCCAUGGAGGAAAUGAUGAUGAACAAAGAUAUCUUUGUCAGCAGUAAAUGUGUUGAUGUGAAGCGAGUCCUUCAUGAUGAAUUCUAAAUGCAGGUCCAAGCAUGGAGUCCAUAUUUUCAUGAAUUCCUUCAUGAUAAUUUCAACAUCCAUCUGUGAAGUAUUUGAAACCCAGGACCAGACCUGACAGUUUUCCUGGGACAUGCCUGAUGUAAACAUCCAAAUGUAACUUUCUUAUAACUAACUCAACACAAUGAUCUCUAUUCCACCUGACUACUACCUACUGUUAAAUGUGUAAAAUAUCAGACUAAAGAAUGCAAAAACAUGGUUUAUGUUGAAGUAACAUGACUUUGAAAAAAUAAAUAGAUAUUCAUUAAUAUUUUGUCAAUGAUAGUGUAUUGAGAUUUCAAAUCAAAAUGUUAUGUCCUUUAAUGUAAUGAAGACAGAAGCUGCAGCUUGAAGUGUUUUUCCUCAAUUGUAAAGCAGGUGCUAUGCAGGGGAAUAUGUGGGGGUAAUACACUAUUUUUAAUUUAUCUUUAUCCAAAAAAAUAUUUAAAAAAAAAAAGAAUUAAAAAAAUCCUUGAUUUAACUGAUAUGUUCUUUUUUUAUGAUAUAUAUUUAUGUGAUAAGUAUAUUGUUUUACAAAUGUGAUAUACAUAUAUAUAUAUUUAUGUGUUAUUAGAUUUAUUCCCUUUAGAAAUAUCUCCUGUUAGUUUAUGGGAAGACCUGAUGAAUUAAGUUAGUUUAUGGGAAGACCUGAUGAAUUAACUCCCCUUAGUGUAUGGGGAGACCUGAUGAAUUAACUCCCCUUAGUGUAUGGGGAGACCUGAUGAAUUACCUCCCAUUAGUGUAUGAGGAGCCUGGGUGAAUUAACUCCCCUUAGUGUAUAGGAUGAACAGGGUAUUACCUGCCAAAUUAUCUCUCUUUAGUGGAAGAUGUGCCCUGAUGACUUAUCUCUCUUUAUUAAUACAUGGUAUUACCUGACAAAUUAUCUCCCUUUUGUCUAGACUGUGACCUUAUGACUUAUCUCCCCUUAGAGUAUAUCUCCCCUUAGAGUAGGGUGCAAUCAGGGUUGUUUUCAUUUAUCUCAUUCCAAAAGGUUAGACCAGAGUUGUCCUCCAUGCAGUUUGUCUGCAAAGACGAACCGGCCCUAGAUGCAUUAUCUGCCCUUAAUGUUGGAAGUGAACUGAUUAUUUCCUAAAAUUUAAAAAUUUGGAUUUGCAGUGUUAAAACUUAAAGCUUUAUUUUAAAACAAAUGAUCAUUGUUACUAUGUUUUUCUUUGUAGUUAAAAUUAGAUUGAUAAUUUAUUACUGGGAUGAGUUAGAAUUAGCUUUGAAAAUUUGUUUAAUGUUGUGAGAUUCUUAUCUAGUAUUAGAAACAUUGGAUUGAUCACGGUUACUCCUGAGAUAUAUAUCAAAUUGCACUGUUAAACAUUCCAGAUGUUGUUCAUCAAUGAAAUUUAUUUAUGGUUGAUUUAAAUUUUGUUUGUGUUGUAGCUUGUACUGUUAAAGAUGCUAUUCUGCCAACAACUGCUUCACACAAAAAUGUAUAAAAUGCUUCCCACUGUAUAAAAGUAUAUCUAAUUAACACCAACAAAUGACACCCACAAUAUAGAAAUAUAUCUAAUUAACACCAACAAAUGACACCCACAAUAUAGAAAUAUAUCUAAUUAACACCAACAAAUGACACCCACAAUAUAGAAAUAUAUCUGAUUAACACCCAACAAAAGCAGCGUCCUAAAAUGAUCACCCAUCUGACCAAAAUUUACAUACAAAAUAUAGAGAUUGAGUAAUUAAUCAUGUAUCCACUUUAAAUCCAAAAGGUGAAAGGAAGCUCAAUCUUUUUGAGGGUGUACAUUCUGAUCUAUCACAGUUACUUCCCUUUGUUUUACUCUGUUGGUAUAGUAAUUUCUUGACAGCCGAUGGGGGCUAAGAAUGAUAGCAAAAAGUAAGUUACAUUUUUUGUGUCGUACAAAAUUAUACAAUUUUAAUUUUAAUUUUACAAAUUUAAUAUUUCAGUCGAUCAUAAUUACUCCUUGUUGGAGAUGUGGUGCCGUUAAAUACAAUGUUCAUCGAAUGCUCAUUUAUUCAUUGUAUUCAUAUAAGGCAAAUGUACAAAUGAUAUUCUGUCUUUAUAAAAAGAAUAUUUCAUUAUAUAAAGGUUGCUGAAAAAACCCCAACUUCCCCUGUUACUUGUAGCCAUAGUGAAUUAAGUUGUUAGUUACAAGAAAAGUGGUUAUACACUGUGUGUGAAAUUCAGUAAGACUUUCUGAUAGAGUAACUUACUGUAUAGUUGGUAAAAUUGAUGGGGGAUUAAAUUUUGCUGUUUUCACAGUCAUGAAAUACAUAAUUGUAUUUUAUAUAUUUUUCACAUUCUAAUGUUCAAUGAAAAUGUAUUUAAUUUAGAUUUUUACAUAACACCAAAGGCAAUAAUGGUAACAUAUUAUACCAAAUUGACAAUUUUUUUAGGCCUUCCAUUUCUAACCAAUUGAAUAAAUCUUUUAUUUAUUUAUUUUUUUCAUUUGAUAAACAAUUAGAGGAACUUCACAGAUUUUCUUUUCCAAAGAUUACAUAGGUAUUUUUUAUUUGUGAUAAAAUAAGAAAGCUCAAUUGUACCGGGAAUUACGAGGAAGUUUUUUCGUCUCCUGAAAGUAAACUGAAUUAUAUUUUGUAACAGAACUUGUGAAGACAUUAAGUGUGAUACUUUAGAUGUCGCUGUACUCUGUCACAGUGUGGCCCUCAGUACAUCGUUGUGUGAUACUUUAGAUGUCGCUGUACUCUGUCACAGUGUGGCCCUCAGUACAUUGUUGUGUGAACAUUAAGUGUGAUACUUUAGAUGUCGCUGUACUCUGUCACAGUGUGGCCCCCAGUACAUCGUUGUGUGAUACUUUAGAUGUCGCUGUACUCUGUCACAGUGUGGCCCUCAGUACAUCGUUGUGUGAUACUUUAGAUGUCGCUGUACUCUGUCACAGUGUGGCCCUCAGUACAUUGUUGUGUGAACAUUAAGUGUGAUACUUUAGAUGUCGCUGUACUCUGUCACAGUGUGGCCCCCAGUACAUCGUUGUGUGAUACUUUAGAUGUCGCUGUACUCUGUCACAGUGUGGCCCUCAGUACAUCGUUGUGUGAUACUUUAGAUGUCGCUGUACUCUGUCACAGUGUGGCCCCCAGUACAUCGUUGUGUGAUACUUUAGAUGUCGCUGUACUCUGUCACAGUGUGGCCCUCAGUACAUCGUUGUGUGAUACUUUAGAUGUCGCUGUACUCUGUCACAGUGUGGCCCUCAGUACAUUGUUGUGUGAACAUUCUAAGUGUGACAGCUUAUAUCAGUAGUCACAUGUUUUAUUUAUAGACAUAAGUACAUUACUUGUUAAAAUACGGAAACUCUUGUCUCUUGUAAACGAAGUGUAUGCAUAAUGAUUGAUGUGAUUUUCAAAAACGAUUCAUUUUUUGUCUUUAAACUAAAUAAAAGCCUAAUUGUGAUAUAAUUUGGAUAGCCAGAUUCUGUCCUGAUGUUCCAUUUACGGGGAAGCAUUAGGACAAUAAUCUGUGUCGUGGACUAAUUCAGCCACAGGUGAUGUUCAGUGUUUCAUCCUGUCUCUGGGUAGUUUGUGUUUCUCAGGAAGCUGGGAUCACAGACUGUCAUGCGCUAUCAUGGUUGUGUUAUUAGGCAAAACACUUUACCUCAAAUGCUCCAGAUGGCAUGCGACAGACCUGUCAUAUGGUGUUCACUUUGGUAGCCAACAUCUACGUACUACAAGUACAAGAUACCCCUUCUCAAAAUUAUCAUGUUGUAAACAGGGCAAUAAAACCCUAAAAAAGGAAAGGGAAAAAUAAAACAAAAAAAACACAGGUAAGGUUUAUGGUGAGAUGAAAAAUUAAAAAGAAAGAAAUGAUUUUUUUUUUCAUUUUUACAUAUAUAAUUUAUAUAUAAUUUAUAUAUAUAAAAAAUGUUAUUUAUAAAUCUGGUAAAACACCUGGCUUAUAUUAAUGUAAAUAAAGUUAGUCAUUGGUAUAUUUGAAUGUUGCAGAUUUCCUGGGUCAUUUUUAAUAGACUACCUUUGUAUAUAAUACCCGUAUCAGAAAUGUUUUUGCAAUAUGUUCUUUGAUAUGUCAAAUCAUUAUUUCUUUGUCUGGAUUGGCCUAUCAGUUAGAAAUGUGUCAUCCAGUGUCACGGUACUGGGCAGCUGGGAACAGAGACUGAAAUCUUGUCCAGUGUUUUAGACAACGGGAAGACGAAAUAUUUUCUAGUUUAUAAGCAAUGAGAAAAUUUCUGAAAUCUUGACAAGUACAUGAGACAGUGAUGAUGAAAUUACACAUGUUUCUAUCAAGAAUUUUCAAAGUUAAUAAUUAAUUUGUAGUCAUUUCAUCCAACUGAAAUGGAAAAAUAACUAGAAGAUUAUGUCAAAAUAUGAACCAAGGAUUUUGGUUAUGGAAAAUUAUGAACAAAUUUACAGAGUGUGGUGUACACAUAGUAUUUUUGAUCAAUGAAGGAACAACAAAUAUCAAUCUAAUUAAAAUUAGACGUGUAAUUUUUGCUCCUCUACGAUACACUGCAAUACUUGUGUUGUAGUGUAUCGUAGAGGAGCAGAAAUUACAAGUCUUGUUUUAGUUUGAUUGAACAAAUAUAUAUAAAGAUUAUGAAUAUUAAGGAUAUUUUGGGAGGCAUUCAUGGAAUUCAUUAUUUUUUUGGUCUCUUUCCCUUACACUAACCUAUUCCAUUUGGUAGCAUUUCUAUGUCACCAAAUGGAAUGGGACAAUCAACGUAUUUAUUCUCUGUUUUCAUAGGUAUUAAUUGUCUUCACAUAUAUGUAUGGAUGCAUCUUUGUAUUGAAAGCUUAACUGAAUGAUCGCUUUAUGACCUUAUUAAAAUAUUUGUUUCUUUUUC